GCCAUGGAUGCGGAGGCGGCGGCGCUGCUGGACCUGAGCUUCCUGACGCUGGCGGAGCGCCGCGCCAUCGCCGAGGUGCUGCGCCGCGACGCGCAGCUGCGCCGGCGCGACGAGGGCCGCGUCAGGCGGCUCCGCAAGUCGGUCUCGGACCCGGCGCGGCUCAAGAGCCUCACGGGCGACUGGUUCUGCGACGUGCGCGCCCGGCGCCACCAGCAGCCGCUGGGCUCCGAGCUGGUGCGCGCCUCCAUCCGCCGCCGCCGCCCGCGGGGUACGCAGGGGACGGGGACAGCGCGGGGACGGCCCCGAGCGCAGCCCCGUGAGGUCCUGCUGUGCCCCGGAGCAGGGGGGACGGAGCUGGAGGCCAUCGGAGAGCCCUGGGCCGAGGACAGGGAGGACGAGGACAGUGCGGCGGAGACUGAGGACAGCCUCUCCAGGGAGGAGGUGCUGGGGGCAGCAGAGGUCCAGCCCUGCGACGUCUCCCCGCCGGCCGCUGCUCUGGAGGUGACGCCGCUGUCACAGUCCCUGCGGGAGCCUGACAUCCCGCCGGGGCAGCAGGACAUCCCGCUGCAGCCGGGCAACCGACGGGACGGCAGCCCCCUCGGCCCCUCCAGCGCGGAGGAAGAGGAGGAAGAGCCUUCACAUGCGCUCAGCACCCCCAGUGCCGGGCAGGUGGGGUGGCCAACGUCCCCAAGCCGGGUGUCCCCCCAGGACGUCCCCGGCAGCCAGCUGAGCGCCAGCUCCUCGGUGUCCAGCCUCAGCUCCUCCACGCUCAGCAGCAGCCUCGUGAGCCUGUACAGCGAGGGCGAGCUGGGCCGCGUGGCCGUGCGCGGCGGUGUGCAGGUGGCCCUGCGCUACGAGCCGGCUGCCAAGGAGCUGCACGUGCACGUGCUGCGCUGCCGGCAGCUCGCCGAGGCGCGGCGGCAGCGCUCCGACCCGUACAUCAAAACCUACCUGCUCCCGGACAAGUCCAGCCACGGCAAGCGCAAGACCUCGGUGCGCAAGCGCAGCCUGGACCCCGUCUUCAACGAGACCCUCAAGUACAAGCUGGAGAAGACAGAUCUGCAGGGCCGGACCCUGAACCUGUCCGUGUGGCACCACGACAGCCUGGGCAGGAACCUCUUCCUGGGCGAGGUGGAGAUCGCGCUGGGCGCUUGGGACUGGGCCAACACGCGGCCCGAGUGGUUCGACCUGCAGCCCCGGACACCCGUCAGCCCCGGUGACCUCGCCAGCCACGGCCACCUCAACCUGGCGCUGAAGUUCAUCCCCGCCGGCUCUGAAGGCGCGGGGCUGCCGCCCACGGGCGAGCUGCACAUCUGGGUGAAGGACGCGCGGAGCCUCGCGCCCCUGCGCCGCGGCACCGUGGACGCCUUCGUGCAGUGCUACGUGCUGCCCGACGACAGCAAGGCGAGCCGGCAGAAGACGCGCGUGGUGAAGCGGAGCCUCAACCCGCUCUUCAACCACACCAUGGUCUACGACGGCUUCCAGGCCAAGGACCUGGCUGAGGCGUGCGCCGAGGUCACCCUGUGGCACCGCGAGGCCUUUGCCAAGCGCCCGCUGGGCGGCAUCCGCCUCAGCCUGGGCACGGGGAGCAGCUACGGGCUGCCCGUGCCCUGGAUGGACUCGACGGCGGAGGAGCGCGGCGUGUGGGGCCGCGUGCUGGCGCAGCCGGGGCGCUGGCUGGAGGCGCUGCUGCCGCUGCGCUCCGACCUGGCGCCCCGCGCAUAG